UGGGAAAGUGGGCGGUGAAUGUUUGUUAAAGUGACUGUCAUCCAGUAGCGUUCAGGGGCCAGAGAACACAGAGCUUCAGAGCUGUCGCUGCUCCGCCACUGUCAGGACCUGGAAGUACAGGCAACCACACUGGGGAGACAGGCAGCUGAGAGCCGGGGAGAAGAUGGGAAUAAAUCGCUCUUUUCGAAUAUCUCCUCUGUAGCGGUCAGGGAAGAGUGGUGUUUUUGUAUAUUCUACUCUAUUUUCCAGUGGCGAUAGACAGAAGCAGCGGCGUUAGCUUAGCUUAGCAGACAGCCGCUGGUGGUGGCAGACAUACAGGUACAGGAGACGGGAGAGGAGGGGUUUGGUGACAAAGGAAGGUGGCGAGGAAACGAUGAACCGCUUUCGGAAGUGGCUCUACAAGCCCAAGAGGACAGACCCGCAGCUCCUGGCCCAGUUCUACUACGCUGAUGAAGAGCUGAACCAAGUGGCCACUGAACUGGACAGUCUGGACGGCAGGAAGGACCCUCAGAGGUGUACCCUCCUGGUCAACCAGUUCAGAUCCUGUCAGGACAAUGUGUUGAACAUUAUCAAUCAGAUCAUGGAUGAAUGCAUUCCCAACGAUCGGGCCAACAGGGACUUCUCUGUCAAGUUCCCUGAGGAGAUUCGUCAUGACAACCUGGCAGGGCAGCUGUGGUUUGGAGCUGAGUGUUUGGCUGCUGGCUCCAUCAUCAUGAACAGGGAGAUAGAGAGCAUCGCCAUGAGACCUUUGGCUAAGGACCUCACCCGCAGCCUGGAGGAGGUUCGGAACAUCACCCGGGACCAGGCCCUCAGAGACCUCAACCUGUACACAGAUCGUAUGAAGGAUGCAUUGCGGCAUUUCGACAGCCUUUUUGCUGAGUUUGAGCUCAGUUAUGUGUCAGCCAUGCUCUUCUGUGAAACGGUGGAGAGGGCCCUGAAACUGGGCUAUCUCACUCAGGACAUGAUCGAUGACUACGAACCUGCACUCAUGUUUACAAUUCCCCGACUGGCCAUUGUUUGUGGCCUGGUUGUGUAUUCAGAAGGGCCUCUAAACCUUCACCGCAAGUCAGAAGACAUGUCGGAGCUCUUCCGGCCUUUCCGCACUUUAUUGAAGAAAAUCAGAGAUCUGCUGCAGACGUUGACGGAGGACGAGCUGAUGACACUGGAGAAGAACUUGUGCAUCUCUCAGGACGGAGAGUUGUCCACAGGCCCUGGCCUGGCUACAAACGGAGCCCCAGAGCCGGUCCAAGAAAAUCAGUCAUCCUGCAGUUACACCGAUGACACCUCCGAGGGAGAGAUCGAGGGGGAGCAAGAGAAUUUGGCUCUGGAUGUCUGUCCCAGUCAAGACGAGGAGGAGCUGGCAGAGGUGGGAAAAGGCUGGGAGGAGGUGGAGACCCAGGGGGGAGAAGAGGAAAGGGAACAGGGCUUGUUAUGUGAGGAGGCGGAGGAGGCGGAGCUGGCCUGCUCCAUGCAGUACGACGAGGAGGAGCUGGAGCAGCUCAAUAUGAUGGUAUAUCUUGUAGGAGAUGAGAUGUCCACACUGCUGUCUCCUCCCAGUCAGGGUCAGUCCCCGGCUCGCUGCAGAGGGACAGGAGGCUCCAGUGGGGCCUCCAGCACCGACACGUCUCCACGCAGGCUUUUAGUGGGCCGGGGGAGGACGGGCAACACCACAGAGGAGGAGGACAGGGUAUUUUUCAUGGAGGAUCUCGAUGCAGCAGGAGACCACGUCACCAGCAUAUCAAGAGAGGCCUGUGGAUUGGUCGACUCUUCUGUCAAAGGAACUGGUUCUGCUCGGCCCGUGCAGCGUAGGCUAGAACCUCGCUCGGACUCUGUACGAAACGGCUGGUACUCUGAGAACCCGUCGGAUCAGCCGUGCACACAGCCGCGUGGUCAAAACCCACUCUGUCAUCACGUGAAGCUCCCAACAUGCACUGCUGCUCCCGGUGCAGAACCUCUGCCUUACACCAAUGGUUGGGACACGGCUUUAGAAGGAACCGCCACUGAAACGGCCGAGGUCAUUGCCCACCGUAUGGGUGGUAUGAAGUUAUCGGCCACCGUCAUCUUCAACCCUCGCUCCCCCAGCUUGACCGAGCUGGCGGUGGACAAACUGCUGCUGCCACGUCCAGCUCCCUCUGAGGCUGAGCCCUGCAGCCCCCUGGUGGCCACUCACUGCCUUCUUAACUCGUGUGUUUGCUGCGGGAGCUGUGAGGACGGCCACGAUGAUCCCGUCCCAGCUGAGACCAAUGGACUGGGCUUAGGUCUCGCCCUGGGGUUGGACAAGUUCUCCAAAACGACCAGCGCUGUCAUUCAGUCCUCCGCUUGUCGAUUUCCCCCGCGAGGCCACGAGCCCCACGGUAAGGGAGAGCUCACCCGUGUGACGCCGCCGUCGUCCCACAGCUCCGCAGAGCCACCAGAAGAGGACUCGAACUCUCAGCUCUGUGAGAAGUGCCUGGUCUUUGCUCCUGGGCCCGGGAAUCCUGCUCAGGACAGUAGCUCUGGUAGAGGAGAUGGAUCCUCCCUCGCCAACCAACAGCAAAGGACUGGAAUAAAAAGGCAAGCCAGUGGAGGUCAGAAGGUCAAGGAGAACGAGAAAGACAAGUCAGGAGCUAAAGAAAAAAGGGACGCCAAAGAGGAGACCAGGAGGAGGUCCAGUUCUCAGACCUCUCCCCUCAGCUCUGUGUCAGGAAGUGACUGUGAAAGUGUGUCGGUCACUUCAUGUAGUCUGUCGAGCAGUUCAUACACUCCCAGCCCCGUGAGCAGCCUGACUCCCAGCUCUUUAGAAGACCUGGACCAUCAAGAGAUCCAGCUGGCUCUGGAAGACGCCAAGGUGGCCAACAGGAACAAGAUCAGAUCACGUUUCCACAGCAGCAGUGACCUUAUCCACCGUCUCUUUGUUUGUAUAUCAGGUGUUGCGGAUCAGCUGCAGACCAACUAUGCCAGUGACCUUCGCAGCAUUCUCAAGACUCUGUUUGAAGUCAUGGCAACUAAAACUGAAGAGGGAGACGAUGAUAAUCAAAGGAAAGCAGCUCCUGUCCUGCGCAGUGCCGUGCUGGAGGACUGUGCUCUCUGUCAGGAAAGCAUUUCUUCAUCCGAGCUGGCGGCCAAAGCACGGGACGGCCAGUUUGAAGAUCCUCCUGACUGGGUCCCCGAUGAAGCCUGUAACUCCUGCAUUGCCUGCAAGGCUCCGUUCACUGUCAUCCGCAGGAAGCAUCACUGCAGGAGCUGUGGGAAGAUCUUCUGCUCUCGCUGCUCCUCCCACUCUGCACCUUUGCCCCGCUACGGUCAGGUGAAGCCGGUCAGGGUGUGCACACACUGCUACAUGUUCCAUGUCACGCCCUUUUACAGUGACAAAGCUGGCAUCUGAUUAUUCAAAUUAUCACAGAAAUAAAAUAAAAAAAGCACACAGCCCGCUGCAGCAUGGACGUAUGCAACAGACAAAUCUAGGGGUUGUGUACAAGGCGAGUGCCACGCUGCCAGAGUCUGGGCCAUUGAGGUUGACAGAGCACCAAGACCCAAGAGUCACAGACUGAAGAUGAGAAACACCGGUGCCUCAGUCGGAACCACAGACAUGACUUCUGUGCCCAGCCGACAUCAAUCACUCAAAAAUGCUUGUGUGAUUAAGGUUGCAGAAACAGAAGGUUUACGAAGGGGCAGUAGCAGGUUUUGACUGGAGUUGGGCAAGAAUGUGGCGUAGCAGCUUGAAAUACAAAAGAAAAAAAAACAGAACAGAACAAACCACUUUGUUUGAUGUUACUUUAAGUGUAAAUGAAAAGACUUGUGACUUAUUUUCCUACGCUUUAGCGAGCUUCCUACAGUACGUUUGUGCCAGGGACUCCCUCGGGACUUGGAUUUAUCAAAAGAAUGUAAGUCAACGUCACCAUGUAAAUAAGGGUCAUUCUGGCAGCAGAUACACAGAGGAGUCUGAAACUGAUGUCCACACUUGACCAGGCUGCCAGUCCCAUUAAGGUAACGAGUUACAGCUAACACUUUUAUAUUGAAAUUCCUCCAGGUUUUAUUAUCAGUGAAUGUUUAAACGGAGUCCACUCCCAACACAACUGACCGCAACGGGCAGCGCCCUCUGCUUUCACACUUGCAUUAUGGCAUGUUUAAUUUUCCCCACAAACUCUGCUGCACACCCGAUGGAUAAUAGGAUUCUAAACAUUUAUCGCUAUGAGGCCCCCUAGUGGAGAGUUGAACUCUCUUGGCUCAGUGGCGUAUCUUGAUUUGAAAAAAAAAAAAAAGAAGUACAAACAUGUUGUGAUUUCCUGGCCCACGGUCUCCAAGACACUGGUUUUCCCUCCUUCCAACUUAUUUCUGGUCAAACAUUACAGCUGACCGCAGUGAUUCUGCACAAUUCGAGACGGUUUUUCUACCAAAACAGUGUACUUUGAGCCCAUUUUUGGAGAGAAAAAAAUUGUGUUGAUCUUUGUUUCCACCCAGUUCUUCCUGUUGAUUGUCAGGCUGACGCUGAUGUUUGGUUCACAGAAUGAUAAUAUUUACGAAUGAUUUCCCUUUUUGCUCUUCACUCUGCUUCCAUUGUGUUGAACAGAUGAACGGUUUCUUCCAUGGACUUAGGAUUAAACACUUUUACUUCACGUUAAAAGUUCUGCUCUGACUUAAAGCAGGCUCCUCAGGCAUCACAUCCUCAGAAACCACACUUGGAUAAAGCUUAUUUCCAUCACAUGAACUAAGUUUGAAAAAUGAUGUUAUAUGUUUUGGUUUGUUUAUAAAGACAAAAUGAUAAGCUAUAAGUGCUUUAUGUAAAAAAAAAAAAGACAUGGAAUCAUUAUCAUAAUCAAAGGGCAGAAAAUCCUAUCAUUAUUUCAGAGCUUGGUCUUAUUUUGUAAAUUUGCUGUUUAUUUCUCUGAUAAGAGCUGUGUAAAAUACUCGACACAUAAAUAAUGUUAUAUAGUUUUAAAUGCAAUGUAUAUUGAAAUAAAUUACUUUUCCUGAUUAAAA